UCCAGAGAAAAAGGAAAAUAAGUGUUCACCAACAACGUAAAGUGCGUUGCGGGGGCAAUAAAGUCUACAUCUAUUUAGAGAAAUUGUUUGUAAUGGAGCGACCAUGGUACUGCCGCCGUAUUCACGGUAAGAUCAAGCGAUCCAUUAACAUCGAUGGCACUGCGCUCUAUCGUGUUGAAGAAACGUCUUGUGAUUGUCCACUUCCAUCUCCGUUUCCACCUCGCCGUUCGCGUGUUGUACCUAUUAAGGGAAAGAGUGCAAUGGUACUAAACAGACAAAUGGAUCCAGAUGAAAAAUGGAACCCCGUCCGCACAAUCAAAGAUAACGGUGGACUGAGCUACAAUGUAGGGUCGCUGCCGUAUGCUCCCCCUAGUAUCGUGGUGGUAGCUCCUAAGGUAGACCAAGAGAACAUUGAUCGUAGCAUGCACUUUCUACCUAAUCAGGAGUCAGCUAUUCCCACGAUACCCGUUAUUGUCUCGCCACUUGUAGUUUCUUCAGUUAGGAACGUCGCCGCCUCUGGCGAAAGGCCGGAGGAAGAUGUGAUGGCUACCCCCGCCUCACCCCCACCAUCAUGUUACCAUACAACGCAUGAGGGUGUGGUGGGGAUGGACGGAAUAUCGCAUAUCAUUCCACCAUCGUCUAUGGACACACAAGACCAAGCGAAUUGUUCCUCUUUUCGCCCCUGCUGCAGUGGACAUGUCGAUAUGAGCCCGCAUUGUCCGGCGUGGCCAUCCAGCAAAACGGUUCACGACUUAGAUGUUGUGAGGACCGUGCUGAAUGGCAUUCUACACCAGGAGGAUGGGCCAUGCGAACUGUCGGAGUGUGGGAUGUGCGAGAGAACCCCGCACGAGGCAGGCUUCGAGGGGCAAGGGGCCGCUGCCCCAUCCACAUGCACGGAGGCGGAUGAUGGUCUUGCGAGAUGUGAACUAACAGAUGCUGUGCGCAGGCAUUGUGGGUGGUGGAGCGGCAAUGCUGCGGUUGCAAUCAUUCAUAACCACUAUUCCCUCAAGUAGUUUGGUUCUUGGGAUAAAGUAGCUUAGAUGCUCACGCUUUUAGUAAAAUUAGUGAUUUCGAAUUAGUUUAGAUUGAAUCAUUGUACAAUAUAUAUGCUUGUAUUCCUGAUGUAGACGCUAGUUUUCAUUACUUGAUGAGGAUUAUCCUUCAUUUAUAGCAUCUAUAUCAGUGAACUCAGGAUCUGGCAGGAAAAGGUAAGCAAAACCUUUUGUCAAAGUAAUAUAUAAUAUCAAAAAAAGGCAUGAAACUUAAAAUUUUGAGGAUA